AUGCAGUUCUGGGGGUACAAGUUUGAAACUCUGGCAACUCUUCCCGCCCCCUGGGGCGACACAUCCAGAGAAUACAUCGAGAAUAGAGAAAAAGAAGUGGUGAACAACAACGCGCAGUACUGCUCCGUAGUCCGAACGGGCAUAGGACAGACGGUAAUCUGCAUAGGAGGCGAAGUCGACGCCGUCUGGGACUGCAAACCCGCGAAACAAGGCGCGCCCACGAACUGGGUCGAGCUCAAGACGAGCCUCGCGAUCCGCGACGAUCGCGACGUCGACAACUUCCACCGCAAACUGAUGAAGUUUUGGAUCCAGUCGUUCCUCCUGGGCGUACCAAAAAUCAUUGUCGGCUUCCGGAGCAACAGAGGCAUACUCACCAGCGUCGAGGAGAUUGAGACGGAAAAGAUACCCGAUACGGUACAGCGGCGCGGACGGGCCUCAUGGAACGGGGAUAUGUGUGUCAAUUUUGCUGCCGAGUUUCUAGUUUGGCUGCGUCAGACUAUUAACGACGAUGGCGUGUGGAGAAUACGCAGGCGGCCGGGGAACCCUACCAUUGAAGUUUUCAGAGUCGAAGAGGCUGGCCAUGGAGAGAUUCUGACGGACGAGUUCAUUAACUGGAGAAUCAAACUGUCAAUGAAGAGCACUGCGCCUGAGCCUGAGCCGGAACCGGAGACGGCACCGGAGACGGCACCGGAGACGGCACCGGAGACGGUGCCAGAGUCAUAG